AUGGCGGGGAAACUGACCUUCUGUUGUACAUCCUCAUUAAGCGAUCCUGAUGAGGCAAUCAGGGUGAAGGUGUUGCCCUCAGAGCGUCGUGUGCGAGGCGCCGGCGGUCUGCCCCGAGUGCGGUGGCAGCCGGGCACGGCGGUCGAGGAGGGCGACACCGUGCAUCUCGAGUGCCAGCUUGCCCUGGGUGUCCCCGGCCCCGCGAUCUGGCUGAAGCUGGACCCGCGGGACCCGCACAGCCACGUCCUGCUCUCCCACGGCGAGAUCGUCAUCACCGACGACCCGAGGUUCUCCGUCGAGCAUCACCCGGAGAGCAACAACUACGUGGUGCAGAUCCGCGAGGUGUCGCCAGAGGACGCGGGCAGCUACCAGUGCCAGGUGCCCGUGAACUCGGCGGAGGAGGAGCUGCGCGUGGAGGCGGCGCCGCCCGUGGUGGUCACGCUGCUGUCUUCGGCGAGCAGUCCGACGCCCACUCGCCCCGCCAGGUCCUCGGCGGCCCCGCACAUGCCUGGCAACUGCCCUUCGCCACACGCCUUCCUCCUCUUCUUGUGUUUUCUCCUUCUUUCCAACUUCGCAAGAUAGAACACAUACAAAGCGAAGAGGGAAAGGAAGAGGAGAUUGAGGAUACAAAGCGAGGGGGGUAAAGAAGGAGAGAGAGGGAUAUAUAUAUAUAUAGAAGGUGGAGAGAGAGAGAGAGAGGAUAUUUGGGAUAAGGUGACCAUGGCAUGUUCGAAGGGGAGAGAGAGUAACCAGUGUGAAGACUUCGCGGACUCAUAAAAUAAGGAGAUUCAACGUGUCGAGAGAGGAGAAUGACUAUAGAAUUGUGGAAUGACGAAAGAAAAGGUCGAAGAGAUUAGACGAAUGAAAAAGAGUCUGAGGUCGAGGUAUUUAACAGGAUGACCCUCUCAAACAAGGACUCUCUCGCUCCAUCCUCUCCAGUAGCGUUGUGACCGUUGACCUUUUCCUUGCAGAGGUCAUGAGUAAUAGAAUGGCAGUAUAUGAAGUGAAAAAAACAAGUGAUAGGUCUUAAACUUUAAUGAACAGAUAGGCGAUGAAAUCUUGAUAAGAAUAUUUUUAGAAAGACCUUUCCAAUCCAUGUAGAUAUCGAAAACGAGAAAAAAAAAACUGUAUUACUGGUGAAAAAACAACAUAAAUUUUAUUGUCAUCGAUAAAUGGGUUAACAAGCCUAUAUUCCUUCGAAUUAGUUUAUUGCCUCAUAGUCCUGCCAAACUAGACUUAAUGAUUAUCAAAUCUAGAUCUAGACUUUAUUAUCAUGUGAUAGUAAUACAUAUGUGAUUAAUAUUAUAGAUGCCUUUUUCCCUCAUUUUAUGGAUGUGUGUGUCUCAUCAGCUGCAAAAUACAUUAAAGUUUCAUAAUAGCCUAUUUUCAUAUCACAUAUUAAGCUGUGUGUGUGUGUGUGUGUGUUUGUAUAUAAUAUAUCAAAAGAAACUAAUAGGUGACAGGUUUUGUGGGUGUAGAAGCGACCAUUAAAUGCUUUCUUUCUACAUGUAUAAAAUCUGCCAAUAUCAUUCAUAGCCUGCUGACUGACUGGUUGACUGAAUAUCCCUUUUCAUAUUUCUUAUAGAGAAAGGCAAGGUCCCUAGAUUUUGUUGUUGUUUUUUUGGAUUACGUAUAGAGAUAGAUUAAUGUUAAUAAAAUCGUGGGAAAUGGAAUUCAUAGCAGUGUCCCUUAUUACUAAUGAACGCCAUAGUGGUAUGGUUGCUUGAAGUAAUAUCACAUUAAACAUUCUUAUAAUAA